GUGAUGUGAAUGGGUGUGAAUGCCAGGGAGUCCCGUGGCGGUUUUUAACCUCAUGGGAAGAAAGGUGACGAUGUCAGAAAAGGUACUUGUGACGGGCGGAGCCGGCUACAUAGGGAGCCACUGUGUGCUGGAGCUGGUCAAGGCCGGCUACGCCCCUGUGGUCAUUGAUAACUUCCACAACGCCAUCCAAGGGGACAACAUGGUGCCCGAGAGUAUUCAGCGGGUGAAGGAGAUUGUGGGUAAGGAGAUCCCAUUCCAGCAACUGGACGUCCUUGAUGAGGCGGGUCUCCAUGAGCUCUUCGAGAAGCAUCAUUUCUCCGCCGUGAUGCAUUUUGCAGGCCUCAAAGCCGUUGGAGAGUCUGUCCAGAUGCCACUGGAAUAUUACAAGGUGAACCUUACCGGGACCAUACGGCUACUGGAGACCAUGAAAGCACAUGGAGUCAAGAACAUUGUAUUCAGCAGUUCAGCCACAGUCUACGGCGACCCUGCCUACCUCCCCAUUGAUGAAAACCACCCAGUCGGAAGCUGCACCAACCCUUACGGGAAAUCCAAGUAUUUCAUUGAAGAGAUGAUCCGAGACUUGUGCAAGGCGGAACCGGACUGGAACGCCAUUCUCCUCCGAUACUUCAACCCCAUUGGAGCUCACAAGUCGGGAAGGAUUGGAGAAGACCCCCAGGGCAUCCCAAACAACCUGAUGCCCUAUGUUGCCCAGGUGGCUGUGGGACGCAGAGAGUACCUGAGCAUAUUUGGGAAUGGUUAUAACACACUGGAUGGGACAGGUGUUCGGGAUUACAUCCACGUGGUGGACCUCGCCAAAGGCCAUAUUGCAGCUUUGAAGAAAUUCAAGGAGAACUGUGGCUGUAAGAUAUACAACCUUGGAACCGGCACUGGCUACUCAGUCCUGCAGAUGGUGAAAGCUAUGGAGAAGGCAUCGGGAAGAGAGAUAAACUACAAGAUUGUUGCACGUCGGGAAGGCGAUGUGGCCUCCUGUUAUGCAAACCCGGGCCUAGCUGAACAGGAGCUACGCUGGAAAGCUGAGUUUGGCCUGGACAAAAUGUGUGAGGACUUGUGGAGGUGGCAGUCACAGAACCCCACUGGCUUCAGCAAGAACUAGCACCUGGAAGAUGUUUCCUGUCCUCUCCAUCACUACCGUUGAACUAAUCCAGUCCCAAGGGCCAAUUCACUCCUUGCUCAGGGAAGAUGAUGG